UUAAUUAUUACAUUUUUCAUCUUAAAAAUAUAAUUACUUCACAGCCAUUACUAUGUCGUUUGGAGCUUAGUAAUGUGACUUAUAUUGUCGUUUUAAACACUGCUAUUAUGAAAAUGAUAAUAAUACACGUAGCAUGUACGGAGCAAGACUGACAAAAGGAGAUCGUUGUGAAGUAGCUGCACUAUGUGUCGAUAUUGCACAGAAUGUACAGAACGAGAGGGACAAGUCGGCCAGCGACGUCUGAGUAAUUAAUUAAGAACAAUGGAGAUGAAAUUAACACGUCCGCCAGCGAUCACACGCUCCUACACCGUUUGCCUUCCCCUUGUAUAAUAUGCGAGGAAUUGUGUUAUCAAAGGGGACUGUUGUCAUGUAUGAUUGCCUAACACCCAAGUCGGUCAUUUCCCCCCUCUGCAUUUCUGCUCACACGUACACACGCUAUAUGCACACCUGGUUGUGGUGCAGGUCUAAGGUGACUAAAGCUGUUGUCAUACAGGGCAGGAUAGCGAGUCACAUAGAAACCAUGCAUCCACAGCCUUUUGGGAGAAUUUCACGCGGCGAUCCCAACUUGCCCUGUUAUUUAAGCUGGCGAAAACAAUACUAAAGUAUGUAUCACAUUUGUGUCGAAACCUACUGGGGAUUUUUCUCCCCCCCCCCCAAUAAUAGGCUAUUGCACUAAAUGCGUAUACUAAUAAUGCAUCUGUUAGGCCUACUGCAGAGAACGUGUCCCUGCCGUGUAAUUCAUAGUUAGUUUGCAUACUUCAUAAAUUUGUUUAGUUUUUCUACUUAUAGAUUGUCUACGCUCGGUUUCACAUAUUUAUCUAUCUAACCAUUUAAACUUACAAGGAUGUAACCGUGCUUCCCCACCAAGUACUGAAAUGUGGAUGCUUUAGAGAAUGCAGUAUUGUUUCCUUAACCCCUAGACUGUGUGUGGCUCGUACAUGGGGCGGUAUGCAGCUCAGAGGAUUAGGCUUGUUAUGCCUGGGAGGUGGUUGGUUCAAGUAGUGCUUAAUACUACGGCAAAUCCCUUAGCCCCAGCUGCAUUGGAUACCCUUUUGUAUGCCAGUUUGGCCAAAGGCGUCCACUAAAUAUUUAGAUUUAUCAAAUGGAAAGUUUAGCAUAAGCAAAUCAAUGUAUGCGUUUUCUAUUUGUAUUCAAAAUACAAGUGAAAUUUGGUCCAAAUUAGUAUGCUGAUUUUUAGUGUCUCGUUAGAAUGUACCUACUAGCAGUUUUUUAAUAAAAUAAAAACACAUAAUAAUAAUAUUUAUUAUUAUGAAGUUAUUAUUGUUAUUAUUGUUGUUGUUGUUACAAAUAUGCAGAUUUGAAAAUCGAAAGCAGAACCAAACUUAAAGAAUCUGCUUUGUGCGCUAUAUUGUCCGAUUUGCAAAAUACGUGUUGGUGUCUCACCGCUAGAGGGCGGAAUGAUUUCCCUUUUAAAUUUUAGUGUCUGUCAGUUACUACAAUUCAUCAGCCUACGUAGGGGAGUAUGACUUUAUCAGGUACUUCAUAUGACUGCAAACAUGAAUAUUAUUAUAUUAAUAAUGACGUGGUUUAAAACUAGUAUAGCUUUUGCUUAAAUAUUGGUGAACGGGCGCAAUGACGUUGCCAUGGUUUUAAUUUAUCACUUUGAUACUGAUAGGACUGAAAACUGCAGUCUCACUAUUUAGCUCACAUAUAGUCCUAAAUUCAUUAUCCACUUUAGCCAGGACAUGCGGACAGGACAGGAAAUGUGACGACUGUCUAUUUGUAUUUCCUGCUGAGAAUCCAUCCAUCUACUGACUUAUCUUGGUUAGGCUCGCUGAUGAAACCAAAACUAAUUUACCAAUAUGAAAGCAAAAUGAGAAGGAAACCGUCCAUUAUAAUAUAUUUGUCGCAUGAAUGGAGCACAAGUAUUGUAUGCCUGAUAUUGGUAUUAAUAUUACUAAACAAUAUAAUUCAGUUUCAUAGAUAAAACAUGGUCUCGUACAUCGCAUAGUUCCUGUGGUUGUGUCACAUUAUGAAUGACUGAAGAGGGCGGGCACAAUUGCGUACCUAAACGUGAUUCGUCACACUAGCCGUGAAUUGAUUGGUUACUUUCACAAAGAUGGCGUGGUACACGGUUAGGGGUGGAGUCUAUCCACCAUGUGGGUGGUUUUAACCGGCUUGCCGAUAGGUCACUGCUAGCGAAGUCUACGCAUUCUUUUCGGUGAUAGGUCAGAAGGACUGGGUGCGAUGGGAGUGGCCUCGCACUGUGAAGGAGCGAUGCUCCGAUCCGCCUGCUGUCGGUGAUUUUGCGCUGGAGUCGCCGUGAGCAGCAUGGAUAGAGAACGGAGGACUUUGUUACUUUUUUAAGGCGUGUGUAGUUUUGUGGAACCUGACGCCGAAAGAUACGUUCUGCGGGAUCGUUUUUAGUUCAUAAAAUAAACAUUUUCUAGCAUAUAUUUCUUCUGCCUUUAUUUGAACACGAGGAAAUAAGUGUACAACUGAUUUAUACUGCAAGGUCGAUUUUGCAGUACAGAUUCUAUUGUUAGCUCACCAGCUUUUCAGUGAUCGACGUAUGCAGUCUUUAAAACGGGACAUCUGCUCUGGACGUGGGAUCGCAAACACACCCCCGUGACCGAAAAGGAAAAUAUAGAAUUUAGUAAUAUAUGCAGAAAAAAGGAAAAAUUUUGAGACUCGAAUGGACCAGCAUCCCACCGCCAGUAGCUGCACCAGUCGCGGAGCUCCGUCCUGCGAGGCCGUCCCAAGCGAGCCCUCCAUGAACGUGCUUAUUCACUCCACAACCGGCACACGCUUCGAAGUUUCCCUUCCCCUGGAAGAGACGGUGGAGGGGUUGAAGAGGAGGCUCUCGCAAAGGCUCCGCGUCCCCAAAGAGCGACUUGCUCUGCUGCACAAGGAGACGCGUCUACAUUCAGGAAAGCUGCAGGAUUUUGGUGUCUCUGAUGGGAGCAGGUUAACACUUGUACCAACAGUUGAGGCAGGUUUGAUGUCCCAAGCCCCAAAGCCAGAACAAUCCAUCAUGCAAGCUUUAGAGAGUUUAACAGAAACUCAGGUCAGCGACUUCCUGUCGGGCCGGUCGCCCCUGACAUUGGCACUGCGUGUGGGCGACCACAUGAUGUUCGUCCAGCUGCAGCUGGCAGCGCAGCAGUCUGGGGGGCAGCAGAGCACGCCACAGUCACAGGCGACGCAUCCUCCGCAGCUGCACCCCCGGGGCGGCGCAGGGGCGACAGGGGGCCCCGGGACUAGCGCUGGCACUUUCAAGAUCCCACACCGUUCCCAUUCUGCGGCCCCCCCCUCAGCUCUUUCAAGCCCCGCAUCCCCCACUGCCCCCUUUGGCCCCGCCCAGAGUGCCUGUCUGCUCCCAGGAAGUGCCCUUCACUCGCACCCGCACCCUGCUUCCCAGCGGCCCCCCCCAGCCGUGGCCUGCCCAGAGGCCGCUAACGGCUCCAGAUGCCCCCCCCAGAGCGCGGCGGCCGCCCCUCGCCCCCGCAAGCCCGGGGCCGUCAUCGAGAGCUUCGUUAGCCACGCCCCCGGGGUCUUCUCGGGGACCUUCUCAGGCACGCUGCACCCAAGCUGCCAGGACAGCAGCGGGCACCCCCGUCGCGACAUCAGCACUGUCCUGCAGAUCCUCAAUGACCUCCUGAGCGCCACCCGACAGUACCAGGGCACGCCCCCCUCGCUGGCCCAUCUGCGCUGCCAGGCCGGCUCGUCUCCUCCCCCGUCACCGACCACGCUGCCGGCCUCCCCCACUCUGGCUGCACCCGUGGGUCUCGCUACCUCACUGCCCCCCGCCGCCACGGCCCCUCUGUACCCGCUGGUCAAGUGCCAAAGUCAGAUCCGCGUGUGCAACCCUGCCGGUGACCGCUUGAGGCAGACGGAGAACCGGACCAUGCGCUGCAAGGUGGAGCGCCUGCAGCUGCUCAUGCAGCAGCGGCGUCUGCGGCGGAAGGCUCGGCGGGACUCGCGCUCGCCGUACGCGUGGGCGCCCCCUGCAGGCGGCCGCAAGGCGGGCCGCAGCAACAGCAACAGCAGCAGCGCGUCCAGCGACGCCUCCCUGGACCUGGACUUUGACGACGCCGUUUGGAAGCCGGACGUGAAGGCCGACCUGAGCUCAGAGUUCAUGGUGGCGUAAAGGGGGAGGGGGGAAAUUCAGAGGAGGUCACAUGGUCAAGUCGGGGGGGAUGGAGCCUAUAGGCCACUUUCCUGGGGGGCUCGAUGCCGCCUCCCAGCGUCACCUCACUGGUGUGCGGCUCUUGUUUCGAACACAAGAAGCUGGAAUUUGGACAUCAGAGGACUGCAGAAUUAAGCAUGAAAACAGCAGCUAAUGCAGGACUGUACUGCCUUUAAGAAAUAGAAUACAGCUGAUUUCAGUGUUGCUAAUUAGUUAUAUUUUUUAAUUUCCUGAGGUGCAUGCUGGAUGGAUUUUCACAUCUGACUGCAGCGGGACUAUCUAUGUUCUGGACAAUUUCUGCAUUAAGGGGCGUGUGUCCUGAUACAGGAAGGAAGGCACAGUCUGACACGCUCCGGUCUGUUGUGACGGACUCCUCGUAUCCGCCAAUCAGAAUUGAGUAUUUGAUUAAUACAUUUUUUUUUCUUCCUCCCACUUUUUUUUCCAACAGAUAUGUAGCAUUAUUCACAAAGCAUUCAGGUUUUCAAACGGUUUUUGCACAUUUUUAUGAUUUUUUUUUUUUUUUGGACAGUCAGAUUUCCUGCAGUGAUGCGAGAGGAAACAUGGAAGAUAUUAAAUUAUCGAAAGUUCUCUGUUAUUGCAAGAAGUCUGUCAAAGACAGCCUGUCCUAUUCAGGUGAUGCUCAGAGAAAACACACAGCGAAGAUGAGAAAUACAAGUGCUAUAGAAUGUUAAAUUUAAAAAUAAGAAUCUAUUUUUUUGUUUUUUUUUCUUCUAUGUGCUGUUUGAAUAAAAACAGUAAACCUGUACCGCUUGAUUGGUUCAAGCCGUUAAUUCGGUAUAUAGUCACGGUUUGUCAUAUACGGUCAUUUAGUCAUUCUUGAUUUUAAAAACCUCAGAUGUAAGAAUAGGUACCAUUUACAGUGCGGAAGAGAAAAAAAUAUAUAUAUAUAUUUACCUAUCAGUGUAUCGUCUAGUUGCCUUUAAUCCAUUUUUAUGUGUGUGUGAGAGGGUUUGUGUGAAUCCUUGUAUGCGGAUUUCUGGGUGUGGCCAGUGGCUGUGAUUGGCCGCUUAGCAAGCCGAAACCUGGGGCUGUACUUGGCUACGCUCUGGGUCAUUCUUAUAGGCAUGGCUGUAGUAUAGGGGUGGGUCUGUUCCACAUGUAGGAAUGUCUUUUGUUUUAUGCUGGGAAAACAGUAACAGUAUUUGCAAACCAUCUCGGCUACGAGCAUCUUUUUAUUCGCCGGGAAGAGUUGCGUUCAUCAGCUGGUCCGAGCAGAUGCCUAAACGCGGUCCGGCUGCGAUUUCCCCCCCCGCGCCCUUCUGGAGAAAGCGGAGCGUUCGCUCUGACCCUCCCCAAUCAGUUUCGAGCUAUUCUCAAAAACCAUCCUUUUCUAGUGUCCCUCGCUCUAAAUUGAUUAAACGUGUAAGGAUUUGGGCUGAAAUAAGCGUCAUAAGGCUCAUUUUUAUCAAUCAGUGCCUGAGUAUUGCUUACAUAUCAGAUUGGACAUCUGAAGGGCAUUUGCUGCUAACUGGUGGUGUGGAGAAAAGCACCCGCUGUAAACUGGAGUGUUUACACACAAUUCUCUGGAAUAUUUUUGGAUUUUUUUUUCCCCCCCCGAUGCUGAAGCGUGACUGACUGAGUCUGCAGUUCCCUGCGACGUAAGCGACCUACAGGCUGCGGCAAAUCUCAAGGCACACGGUCAUUUGUACCAUUCUACAUUUCUGUCCCCCUAAAUCUUGCUGUGUUUUAUUUUUUAAUUCCUUUUAAUUCCUUUUUAUCUGCAGUCUGAGUUCAGUGCUGGAAGACGACCUCAUUUAAGUGCCCUUAUCCUUUUUGGGAGGUGGAUUUUCAUUUUUUGCGGCGUUUUGGCAGAUCUGGGGUUAAACUUUGCCCUCGACUGACUGGAAUUCAGUCCUUUCUGGUACUACUGUUCAUCACUUGAACAAACCCAAAUAUGGACAAAUUACUUGGAGCUGGUGGUUAUAAUGACAUAAGAAGCCUUGUUCUAUACAAUAAUGGCGAUCGCUUGGUCUGGUAUGUGAGAAUGAUUUCUGUUUAGUUUGCUUCAUGUCCUUCCUCCUCUUUCGUGUUCCUGUGUUGCCAUCCUGUCCCCAUCUCUGUAUAAAAAAAACAGUAAGGAAUCACCCUCCACCCAUCUACGGUUCUGCGGCUGCACUUACAGGGCCGUGUGUUAACUGUUAACCGUCUAACAGCAUUUACUGUCUCCCGGAGUCAAUGUAUCGCCGGUAAUUUUGGGCUCCUGUGACCCCGAUGCUUUUGCAUUUAACAUUUUGCUGAUGUCAAAAUGUUCUCUCUGUACGUGCCUGACGUAUUCGACAGACGAAGAGACACGGAGUUUAUAAAAUGAUGAUUUUUACAGGGGUUUAUGGUUUUAUGUUUCGAUCACCUCAUUUAAUUGCGCCUUCAUAUUUGUAGCCAGCCGGAUGAAUUGAGACAUGAUGAUUUACUAUGUUCUAGUGAUAGGCCAGUGUAGCACGUGUGACUGUAUUAAUUUAUGAAACCAAAAUGGUAACUGUGAAUUUAGGUGUCUUAGUGCGUUUAAAAGUGGGAGGGUACAACUUAGUUAUGAAUAAAGUGUCUUUUUUUGUGGAAAAAUGGAAGUCAUUUUCCAAAAAAAACUUUUUUUUUCUUAAGCAAUACAUUUCAGUGUGACUUGUAAUAGAACUUUUUCUUAUUUAGGUAAUAAAUUGAAAAACGAGCUUGAAAAUGGUA